AGUGUCGUUGUCGUGGUCGUUGUGGCAUAGUGAAAAACUGUCAUGGCGUCUACUUGUGAUAACGCGAUGGAUAACCUUGCCGCUGUCCUUCACGGAAAACUCGACAUUCGCCUGGAAAACAUUGAUGUACCGAAACUACAGGAGAAUGAGGUAUUACUCGCCAUGGGGUCAGUCGGAAUAUGUGGGUCAGAUCUCAAGUACUGGACAGAGGGCAAGUGCGGAAUCUUCACCCUCGGACAGCCGCUGGUGAUGGGACACGAGGGCAGUGGUACCGUCACAAAGGUCGGACCAGGUGUAAAGUCACUAAAAAUAGGUGACCGUGUAGCGGUUGAGCCGGGAGUGCCCUGUCGUAAGUGUGGCCUCUGUAAGACUGGUCGAUAUAAUUUAUGUAAGGAUAUAUUUUUCUGUGCCACACCACCCGACCACGGCAACCUGUGUAUGUUUUAUAAACACCCAGCCGACUUCUGUUUCCGGCUUCCCGACCACGUGAGUCUGGAUGAAGGUGCGCUAUUAGAACCCCUGGCUGUGGCCAUAUAUAGCUGUCGCCGUGGUAACGUGGCACUUGGCACGAAAGUAUUCGUAUGUGGUUCAGGUCCUGUUGGAAUCUUAACAAUGUUGGUAGCCAAGCAAAUGGGGGCAUCAAAAGUCCUCAUAACAGACAUUGAUGACGUCCGUUUGGAAAUGGCCAGACAGAUGGGGGCCGAUCUGACACUGAAGGUGACAUCACGUGACGCCAAAGAUCUGGCAAAUCAGGUGGAGGCAAUGAUGGAAGGUCAACCAGAGGUUUCCAUAGAAUGUAGUGGAGCUGACCUUAGUUAUGCUACAGCCAUACACGCAACCUAUCCUGGGGGAUGUGUGGUGACAGUGGCGCGCCACAGAAACAGUGGUGACAUCCCUCUUAACCACGCGGCCACCAAAGAAGUCGAUAUCAAAGGCAUCUUCAGAUACGCCAACUGUUACCCAGCAGCUCUGGAUUUCGUGACCAACAGUGGAGUUAAUCUAAAGCCGUUGAUAUCCCAUCACUUUCCUAUACAAGAUACCACCACUGCGUUUGAGACAGCCAGAUCUGGGGAUGCCCACGCUCUCAAGGUCAUGAUUCAUUGCAAUAAAUAAAAAUUCUGUUGAA